GUAUUCCUAUAUGCUCCAUCCUAUUUCUAUGGUUCCUGUCCCACCGCCAGUGAGGCACCAUGCCACGAGUGGGGCUUGCCCAUGGCUUAAAGAGUUGCCAAGCCCCAGAUCAGAGUCCUGGCAGCCGACCAAUGUGGACCAAUGAUUGGAAUGGGUCGGCAUCUUUCUAAUGAGCGAGCACGAAAUCAUGAUGCUGCAUUCAAACGAAGCGAGCAACGAUUGGGCAUAAGAAUGGAAGCUGGAACAUCUUCACGUUUUGUAUCGUUUUGGGCUCUGAACACAUGAGCAUCUAAGGGGUAACAUGGGGUCACUGGGAACCUGUGGAUAUCACUGGAUAGUCUGCUCAUCUCCGGACGUGGAGUCUGGGCGACGUGGGACCUCCGCCGUUCGCGUUCGUGACUCGAGGGUUCUGCGUUUCUAACUGUUUCGUUCGUGCUCUCUUCUCGGAUCGCCGUGCAUGUCGCGUUCAACACAUGCGAAGCCGCCGAUUCGGAAGAGAGUACUCGCUUGAGACAUCCCACUCCGGCGACGUCCAACCCGCCCAACCGAAUGCUCAAGUCUCCCCGGUUCUUUUGGUGAAUUUGGACCCGUCAGACCAGACCAGUAACUGCACCGGAUGGGACCAACGCCUUGUCCCCGUUUUCCACCGGAUUCCGUUCACGUCCCGUCACUCGCCGGACAGGACUCAGUGUGGUUUCAGAGUGAUGGCGCAAUCCCCCCAAAAGGUGGCUCAGCGGUGCAUCUACAUCGCAGACUUCCACCGCUUGGUGCCUCCUUCAAUCACCCAACCCUAUGCACUGAAUGCCCCAAAACGCGCGCGCGCGGUCUUUUCCACGCGCCACCCGGACGCACGGGGACCUGAGCAGGGCACAGCCGGGGACCUCUUGAGCACUGUCACCAGUGAGUCACCGGUCACUGGCCACAUGUGCAAGGUUGAGCCGGGAGUCGAGAGGAUGGAACCUCAACCGAGGGCCAGCACUGAGCGAAGCGCUGGUCGUCUUGGCUGUUUCUGGAAUGAGUUUUACCCAAAGGCUCAGAAAGGGACCCUCAGUUUGUUAGGGUUUUGACUCUCACAACAAGGGUUUUGGACCUCAAACAUGUAGCGGUUUGAGGGUCCAUGAGCCUCUGGGUACCAAAGAUUUAAGAUGUGUUGUGGCUGUCAAUGCAUUCAACCUCUGUCCAGGCACAAACCUGUAUUUCUCCCUCCUCAGCUUUUGAACCAAACACGUCUUCUUCUUCGUGGGAACUGGUUUUCUUCCCUUCCCCGAGUUCCGUUGACAUUGACGCGGGGUUCUCCUCUGGCACCAGCCAUCAAAUCAGCCAAUCGAAGCUACUCUUGGCAGUCAGCCAUCUGCUGUCAUCCCCAACAUUUUAAUUGUAGAAACGGUUUCACUUUUGACCUUCCGGUCAACAGAUCAAGCUAACCUUGCGCGCACCGCACCAACCUUCGAAAUUCGAAAGGAAUCAACUGUGCUGCCCCACCCAAUUGCUCCAAAAUGCAGGAUUUGCUGCGCUGGCUCAAACGCUUCCUCGGAAUGUAGGCCUGUCUGUACCUACAUGAAAAGAAGGGUGCAGCAGCUCCCAAGGACCCAGCUCGGCCGAACUCACCGAAGCCCAAAAAGGAACCAAAGCCGAAAAAGCCGGCCGCUCCUUGUGUCCGACAGAACUAUGCUUGCAGUGCCACGCGUCGCAGGCACGGGUGGAACUCAAGUGUCAAACCUGGACGACUGGCACAUCUCCCCAAAAUCUUUCCUGAAGGAGCUCUGAACUCUGAUGGACCAGCUAUUCCUCCAGGUGUUCUGGUGCUCGAAGUAGAAUCUUAAGAAACACCUCAGGUGUCCUUCGUGGGGCAGUCAAGUGGACACUUUAGAGUCGAGUAGGUGCCCAUUCAGCCAGGUGUUUUGGCCCAUCUCACCCCCAUGUCCCACCUCAGCAUCCAGGGAGUUGCGCACCACCGAUCGGCUCGACCCCUCACACGAGUGAAUCACAAGACGGUCUUCGCCCAUAGAUCACUCUAGAAAGACCCGCUAUAUUUCCCAGCCAGGAUGGUCGGAGACGACUCAUGAUGGAGACGAUAUGAGACGAUCUUUUUGUGAUCUCUUGGGAGGCGACUCAUCCCCUCGAUCUGGCACCGCGCUACACCCGGCCCCUAACCCGGCUGUUUCUGCAAUUUGGCACGUCAAAGCAUCUUCCCUUGAUCUGGCUUGAUGUUCCAUAUUGCGUCCCGGUGAAACAGACCCUAACCGCCGAGGCCAAAACCGCCGAGACUGGAAAGAGUCGGAAGAAUCUGCGCCCAAGUCAGCACAGAAGCAGUUUGGAAAUUUCCCGGAGAAUGACGAUCAGUUGCUGGACCAACGUUUCCAACGUUCGGCUCGACUCGUCGUCCCCUCGACCGGACCUCCAGACUUUCCAGCAAUCCCCAAAGAGAUCGGUCUGAGCAAGCAGUGCUACACGAGAGUGAGAUCUUUUCAGGGAAUACUCGAUUGAAAAAUAAUAUGAUAACAAUCAACAACCGGAAAGGACCACAAGCAUCCAGUUCUUAGAGACACCUGCGGCACUUCUG